UCGCCUCGGCCCGCCGCCGCGCCGCUGCCCCGCUCCCGCGCCGUCGCCGCCGCCGCCGCUUCCCCCCCGACGACUGGGUGAUGCUGGACAUGGGAGAUAGGAAAGAGGUGAAAAUGAUCCCCAAGUCCUCGUUCAGCAUCAACAGCCUGGUGCCCGAGGCGGUCCAGAACGACAACCACCACGCGAACCACGGCCACCACAACAGCCACCACCCCCAACACCACCACCACCAUCACCAUCACCAUCACCACCACCCGCCUCCGCCGCCGCCCGCCCCGCAACCGCCGCCGCCACCCCAGCCCCAGCAGCCGCAGCCUCCUCCGCCGCCGCCGCCGCCCCCGACCCCGCAGGCCCCGCCGGCGCGGGGCGCCCCGGCCGCAGCAGCCGCGGCCACCGUCGCCGACGACGACAAGGCUCCCCAGCAGCCGCCGCAGCAGCAGCUCCUGCUCCCGCCGCCGCCCCCGCAGGCCGCCCUGGACGGGGCCAAGGCCGACGCGCUGGGCGCCAAGGGCGAGCCGGGCGGCGCGCCCCCGGAGCUGGCGGCCGUCGUGGUGGGGCCGGACGAGAAGGAGAAGGGCGCCGGCGGGGGGGAGGAGAAGAAGGGGGCGGGCGGCGAGGGCGGCAAGGACGGGGAGGGGGGCAAGGAGGGCGAGAAGAAGAACGGCAAGUACGAGAAGCCGCCCUUCAGCUACAACGCGCUCAUCAUGAUGGCCAUCCGGCAGAGCCCCGAGAAGCGCCUGACGCUCAACGGCAUCUACGAGUUCAUCAUGAAGAACUUCCCCUACUACCGCGAGAACAAGCAGGGCUGGCAGAACUCCAUCCGCCACAACCUGUCCCUCAACAAGUGCUUCGUGAAGGUGCCGCGCCACUACGACGACCCGGGCAAGGGCAACUACUGGAUGCUGGACCCGUCGAGCGACGACGUGUUCAUCGGCGGCACCACGGGCAAGCUGCGGCGCCGCUCCACCACGUCGCGGGCCAAGCUGGCCUUCAAGCGCGGCGCGCGCCUCACCUCCACCGGCCUCACCUUCAUGGACCGCGCCGGCUCCCUCUACUGGCCCAUGUCGCCCUUCCUGUCCCUGCACCACCCCCGCGCCAGCAGCACUUUGAGUUACAACGGCACCACGUCGGCCUACCCCAGCCACCCGAUGCCCUACAGCUCCGUGUUGACUCAGAACUCGCUGGGCAACAACCACUCCUUCUCCACCGCCAACGGCCUGAGCGUGGACCGGCUGGUCAACGGCGAGAUCCCGUACGCCACGCACCACCUCACGGCCGCCGCGCUCGCCGCCUCGGUGCCCUGCGGCCUGUCGGUGCCCUGCUCGGGGACCUACUCCCUCAACCCCUGCUCCGUCAACCUGCUGGCGGGCCAGACCAGUUACUUUUUCCCCCACGUCCCGCACCCGUCAAUGACUUCGCAGAGCAGCACCUCCAUGAGCGCCCGGGCCGCGUCCUCCUCCACGUCGCCGCAGGCCCCCUCGACCCUGCCCUGUGAGUCUUUAAGACCCUCUUUGCCAAGUUUUACGACGGGACUGUCCGGGGGACUGUCUGAUUAUUUCACACAUCAAAAUCAGGGGUCUUCUUCCAACCCUUUAAUACAUUAACAUCCCUGGGACCAGACUACCAAAGAUUGGAUUCUAGAAAAUGCACUUGGUAUUCAAACAAACAAACAAACAAACAAAAAAGGAAAGUUGUUUCAGUUGGCAACACUGCCCAUUCAAUUGAAUCGGAAGGGGACAAAAUUAAUGAUUGCCUUCAGUUUGUGUCGUGUAUAUUUUGAUGUAUGUGGUCACUAACAGGUCACUUUUAUUUUUAUUUUUCCCUAAAUGUAGUGAAAUGUUAAUACCUAUUGUACUUAUAGGUAAACCUUGCAAAUAUGUAACCUGUGUUGCGCAAAUGCCGCAUAAAUUUGAGUGAUUGUUAAUGUUGUCUUAAAAUUUCUUGAUUGUGAUACUGUGGUCAUAUGCCCGUGUUUGUCACUUACAAAAAUGUUUACUAUGAACACACAGAAAUAAAAAAAAAUAGGCUAAAUUCAUAUAUA